UCAAACCUUUAUUGUGUUUGUAUCGCAGCUGAUAUUAUCCAAGAAUCAACUUUAGAAGCAAAAUGAUCUUACAGAUAUUCGUAUUUUUCCUGCUCGAGAAGGAAACUAUAGCAGUCCAUCAUCUUUAUUUCUCUAUAUAUGCCUUUAUGAAAUUCAGAUAUUUCUGAAACCAAGACUUAAACUUCCUCUGAUCAAAUAAUAAUUCAAAACUUUUUAGUAGAAUGGAAACAGUGAGGAGAUUGGGGUCAGAAAAGCCAGUUGUGAUCUUCAGCAAGAGCAACUGCUGCAUUUCCCAUGCUAUCAAGAUGCUGAUAAGAAGCUUUGGGGCGAAUCCUACGGUUUGUGAGCUUGAUCAUCACCCGAAAGGAAGGGAUAUUGAGAAUGCAUUGCUAACAUUAGGAUGUAAUCCUAGUGUUCCUGCUGUUUUCAUAGGGAAGCUAUUUGUUGGCGGUUCCACUGAGGUUCUGAGCCUCAACAUUCGAGGCAAGUUGAAACCAUUGCUUAUCGAAGCCAACGCUAUAUGGAUGUGAUUGUACUUAAGGCACCAUCUGCAUAUUUCAGCCUCGGUCUCUUUUCUGAUUCUGUUCCCUUUUUCCUCCCCUUUUGCAAUCUUUAGGUGAGAAGGGUUUUGUCAUGAAGAUACAGCAGUUGCACUAAGCCAACGUUUUGAUCAACUUUGAGUCUCUUUUAGCUGUGUAAUAAUAUCGAGUUAGAGUUAGAUAUGUCAGUGUGUAAGUGCAUUUACAGUUUUCCAGUAGUGCAAGGAGGAGAAACAACUUUAGGUGAUUAUC